UUUGAACCCUUUCGUUUCUCUCAUCUCACUCACUCUCCAAUUCUGCUUCAUCUUCCGCAUUUCAAAGGUUGGUUUAACUCUGUGUUGAAAGAUGACUUCUCGGGUGGUGAGGACUAAUAUGAGACUUCGAAGGAGGGAUGGUGUGAGUGUGACUCAAAACGAACACCAGGAAGGUCAACAAGGGGCUGAACAAGCUCCAACGGUUCCUCAGAUUGUGUCUACUCCUCCUAGGAUCAAUAUAGUUGCUAUUGAAGAUGAUGAUGAUGUUGUUGAAUCAACUGCAUCUGCUUUUGCUCAGGCUAAAAACAAAUCGAGAAGUGCACGCAGAGGACCUGUAGUAGUUGAUGUAGAGUCAGGUGGCACUAAUAGAGGCACAAGGCGUCGCUCUGAUCAAACUAGUGCUGACUCGGUUGAGCUUAACAAGCCGAGAAAGUCCAAGGCUGUGGCUCCUCCUGUAGAGGAACCAAAAUUUAACUGUCCAAUCUGUUUGUGUCCAUUUACUGAGGAGGUUUCAACGAAGUGUGGUCAUAUUUUCUGCAAAGCGUGCAUAAAGAAUGCGUUAUCUCUUCAAGCUAAAUGCCCGACGUGUAGGAAAAAAAUCACGGCUAAGGACCUUAUCCGGGUAUUCCUUCCAACUGCUAGAUGAAUCAUACAGAAACAUCACCAGUAGCCAUGUAAUGUAAGUCUAGCUAAUGAGAUUUGUCUUUUGUGUUGAAUUCUAAAAAUUGCGCCAUUCAGAUCCUUUUCUCUCUUCUCUCUUUCAGGGUUAAUGGUCUAUUGAUUCUAUCCCCCAACAAUGAAGAGAUGUUAAUGAU